AUGCAGAAUCCUUACCUUGUAACAGGGGAUCCAUGUGGCUCAAUCAGUGGAUCAGCAAUUUCAGUAGCCGCAAACAUGGUGGCAGUAUCACUUGGAACUGAGACUCAUAGUUCCAUCAUAUGUCCCUCUGAUCAUAACUCUGUUGUAGGUCUCAAACCCACUGUUGGUCUCACUAGCCGUGCCGGUGUUCCAGUUGCGCCUAGCCUAGACACCAUUGGGCCUGUAACCAGGACAGUGUCUGAUGCAGUUCGAGUACUAGAUGUAAUUGUGGGUUUUGAUCCAAGAGAUUAUGAGGCAACACAAAGAGCAGCCAAGUUCAUACCUGCUGGUGGUUACAAGCAAUUCUUCAAUCCAAACGGGCUCAAAGGAAAGAUAUUGGGCAUAGUUAGGAACCCAUUUUUGAAGUCGUUGAAUGAAUCUAUAUUUCCUAUCUUUGAGCAUCAUCUGAACACAUUAAGGGAAAGAGGUGCCACUGUAGUGGACAAUCUUGAGAUAGCAAACAUAAACACUAUUGUUGAUCCAUCGCGAAGCGGUGAACUGACACUAAUGAUGGCCGAGUUCAAACUCUCCUUAAAUGAUUACCUGAAAGAUCUUAUCACUUCUCCAGUCUGGUCACUUGCUGAUAUUAUAGCCUUCAACAAAAAUAACCCCGAUCUAGAGAAGAAUAAAGAGUAUGGUCAGGAUACAUUCAUAGCAGCGGAGAAGACGAAUGGCAUUGGAGAGAAAGAAAGGAAAGCUAUAGAGUUGAUGGAAAAACUCUCGCAAAAUGGUUUUGAGAAACUGAUGAUGGAAAAUGAUUUGGAUGCAAUGGUGACACCAGGUUCAGGCGCCACAUCCGUGCUGGCAAUUGGUGGAUACCCUGGGAUUACUGUCCCAGCUGGAUAUGAUAUCAAUGGAAUGCCAUUUGGGAUCUGUUUUGGUGGAUCAAAAGAUACUGAAAUUAAGCUAAUUGAGAUUGCUUAUGACUUUGAGCAAGCUACCAUGAUGAGAAAGCCUCCUAUUCUUGAAUCUUUUCAAAUGACUCCAGAAUUUCUAUCUGGAAGUUUGUAACAUACUAAUGAUGACUGGUUUGCAUACAAGGACUUUUCCCUUUGUGCUGGUAGAGAUACGUUGCUGCAUUGAUUCAGAAAAUCAUCCAGGACACCUUAAAUCCAGAAAAGGCCCUUGUAUAUAUUAUUAACUCGUAGUUGCUCGUAAGAUAUUCUGACUUUCAAGCUCAAUAAGGCCUUGAUUGUAUGCAGGCUUUGAACUUGUCUUGAUUUCUCCUCUGAAAUGGAAACUAGCUAUUGUCUACAUGUCAUUGGAAUAAUGUAGUCCAAAGUUAUCCUGAUGGCUAGGAGUAUUGCUUCAAAA